UAACUAUUGAUUAUUUGGCUUUUACAGUAUAUCAUGCAGACGAGUGUGUAUCCUCGAGAAGCAGAGGGGCUCAAAGACUUAAGAGAUGCUACUGAGGCCCAUCCAUGGGCUAUCAUAGCUACUUCACCAGAUGGAGGGCAAUUUAUAAGCUUGCUUUUAAAGCUAAUAAAUGCUAAGAAGACUAUUGAGAUUGGAGUUUUCACAGGAUACUCUCUGCUUGCCACGGCUCUCUCUUUGCCUGAUGAUGGAAAAGUGGUGGCAAUAGAUAUCGAUAAAGCUGUAUACGAUGAGUAUGGCCUACCAAUCAUCAAAAAAGUUGGGGUGGCACACAAGAUCAGCUUCAUCCAUUCCCCUGCAAUGCCAAUCCUAGAUGAAUUGCUGCAAGAUCCCAAGGAGGAAGGGUCCUUCGACUUUGCAUUUGUGGAUGCUGAUAAGCCCAAUUAUGAGAAUUACCAUGAGAGACUCUUAAAGUUGGUUAAGGUUGGAGGGCUAAUCAUGUAUGAUAAUACAUUAUGGGGUGGCAGUGUUGCUCAGGAUGAGGCUUUAGUUCCAGACUUCCUGAAGCCUAACAGACACCAUCUCAUAAACUUCAAUCGAGCCCUGGCCAUAGAUCCACGCGUCGAGAUAUCACAAAUUCCUGUCGGGGAUGGUGUCACCCUUUGUCGAAGGCUCUAUUGAUGUUCUUUUUUUGUUUUCCUUUUUUUAAAAAAUGUAAAUUGCAAUACUCAAGGAUGCCCUGUUGAUCUUUGCAAUGCUGGGGAAGGAUUUUAAGGAUAAUAGAGAGGUGGGUGAGCCAUUCCACCCAUUCUUGUAAGUGAACCUACUUAUAAAUAAGGGUGGCAAUGGACCCGGACCUGACCCGAGACCUGUUAGAUAUACCCUGUUGGAUUUGGUACUAUCCAAAAUCACCCACAUAAAGAUAUUCUCAUAUUGUGGGAUUGAUUGAGA